AUGGCCGUCGUCGCCACUGCGGGCUGGGCCGCGGCGCUCGCCUACCCUGCGGCCUCCCUGCUCGCGCUCGCCAACGGCGCCAAUGACAUCUGCAACUCGGUGGGCACAGCCGUGGGGGCCGGCGCGCUGACGAUGCGGCAGGCGCUGGUUCUGGGUUGCAUCGCCGAGGCCAUCGGCGCGGUCACCAUCGGCCCGUUCGUCGCGCAGAGCAUCGCGAGCGGCCAGAUCCACCUACCGCCUGCGAACGGCCGGUUGGCAGACGUCAUGGCCGGCAUGUACGACCCUUAA